AUGGUUCAUCAAGGGUCCGGAAGCCAAAAAACUGGCGGAUAAGCUUCUUGAGCACACUCAAGAGAUGGUGGAGGGCAAAUUUGAACCAAGUGUGGAGAAUGACCCUUUCACCAUGGCUUUGGGAAGGCCAUACCAUCCAGGACGAGUAGUAGGUUCAGGAGGGUCAUUGCUUGGAUGGAAUAAGGUGAUGGGUCCCGAAUACACAAAAUCGGGUAGAUCUCAAGCCAGUGUUAACUCACCGGGGGAGUUGGAUGCCAAGGUGGCAUCAAUUAAGGAACAAGUACGCAACGAGUUAGUUGGUGAAUUGAAUGCUUGGGCGAAUCUGAUGAACUUACCGGCUUUGCCGUUCCUCACUAGUACCCCGGUCGACUCAUGUUCUGAACCAAAAGGACAAGGAGAAGGUGAUAGACAUGGAGGAGAUGAGAUACGUGGUGAAGAUGUGCCACCUGAGGUUCCUACUCCUACACAUGCGGACUCGAGGGAGCUUGAAAAUCCAACACCGCAUGAAUUUCCAGAGUUACAGGAAGACACCCGGUGUGCACUUCUAGCCCCGGGGCAUGCAAAUAGUACCGCGUUGAGUUUGGUGGCGUAUGGUAGUGCCCAACCGACGACGGGUGCUACGGCGGGGCCACAUCAUUACUCGGUUGGGAUCGAUUCAGUGGUUGCGGGGUUCGAAGACAUCCCACUACCCGUACCGAUAGAGGAGGUUGAGAUAACAAUGCUUUGGCAAGUUGUAGAUAGCUUCGUUGAUUGGCCACGUGCAUGGGUGAAGUUGAUUAAUAAGGAGUUCGUUGGCAUACGUGUCAAGUUUAACUAUGUCUUUAUCGAGGAAUGA